AUGACUAUGGCAAAUGGCAGUGAUGCUCCGUGUGAAAUGCCUACCCUUCUAGCCAUUCCACCAAGACAAACCAAUCCGACCGAAUGUGCUCCAGCAUUGUUACGUUACAUUGAGACAUCGUAUGCUGAAGAUGCAACAAAAUACCAAACAGACGGUCAGACCUUGGAUAAAAUGCGUCGAGCAUGUCUUGAAGACCAAACACCUGAAUUAGUUACGCUUGAACGAUUCUUUGCAUACUACUCACAGGUCGUGUUCGUAUGCUCUCGGUUCCCGUACGACAUCGGAUUGGAUUUCGCGUGGCAUCCGGUGUUUCAGAGCAACAGCAAGCCAGUGGCACUCUCGAACCUCAAUUAUGAAAAGGCCUGUGUUCUCUUCAAUAUUGGAGCGCUUUAUACCCAAUUGGGAUGCAAUGAGAGCAGAAUUUCCACAGAAGGCAUUCGAAAAUCAUGCAACUUUUUUCAGAACGCUGCCGGAUGUUUAAAGUACAUUGAAAAGGAAGUUCUUAGCGACUUUCGAGCUAUACCUCCCAUCGAUUUGUGCGCGGACGCUAUGCAAGCCCUGAUCGCAUUAACACUUGCCCAAGCCCAGGAAUGCGUUUGGCAAAAAGCAGUCAUGGAACACAUGAAGCACGGCACCAUUGCACGGCUAGCGAUCAAAGUGGCUGAUUUCUACCAAGCCGUUCAAACACAUGACAUUUCAUUUUUUCCUAGCGGAUGGAAACGACAUGUCCAGAUCAAAGCGGCGUACUUUAAUGCUGUGGCACAGUACCACAAGGCAAAUGAAUGCAUUUCGCAAGGACGCUAUGGCGAGGAAAUUGGACGACUCCGGCUGGCAGAAAAGCAUAAUCGCAAGGCGCUUGAUGCCAUUGCAGCAGCUUCAGGUAGUGGGCUCUUUGCUAUGCGUGCUGCUGCUAGUAGUAGUAGCUCGAUCAUGCAAGAGUCGUUUGCUGGCGAGGUCAGGAAACUUGAAGAGUCUAUCGAACGCGAUCUGAUCCGGGCUGAACGGGACAAUGAUCUGGUGUACAUGGAACCGGUCCCUGAGGCGAGCCAGUUAGCGCCACUCCUGCGAUCCGACAUGGUCCGACCGCUUGUGCCGCCAGAGAUUGUGGACCCGACUCACUGGAAGAGAAAACCGAGUGAAGAUAUCCAGCGACCUUUGUUUGAAAGCUUAGUUCCGUUUGCGGUGCAUCAGGCUGCUAGUGUUUAUUCUGACAAGAAGGAGUAUGUUGUCAAGAACGAUAUUGUCGGACGUUGCAAUGAGUUGGAAGAGGAAAUGAAGCUGCUGUUUGAAAAAUUACAACUCCCUCGGUGCAUCGAUACGGUGGAUCCAGACACCAUCCCCGGCACGCUAAUAGCGUGUGCAGAAGAAGUUCAGCACGAAGGAGGCGGACAAGCGCUGCGGGAUAUGUUGAACAAGGUCCAGGAAAUGUCGAUCAAAAACAUGGAUCUAGUAGACGAAGGAUUUAAUGUGCUCGAAGAAGAAAAUGAACAAGAUGAGAUCUUUCGACGGCAGUAUGGCAAUUUAUGGUCCCGACCAUCUUCUCAGCAAUUGACAGCGGCGCUACUCUCGCAAGGCUCAAAAUAUCACGACACAUUACAAGCAGCUCAAAAAGCGGAUCGUAUAGUACGGGCCAAAGUCAGCAACUGGGGCAAAGCGAUAGACAUGUUAUCCCAUCCUACAUCAGACAUUAUUGGGCACUUGCCAUCAUUGCGCAACGACGAUAGUCUCGAGUUCUCGCAACUGACAGAAUUGAUGCGUCGAUUACGUGCAAUAUUGCAAGAAUGCGACGAUGCUGCCACACGGCGGAAGCGGGCCAUGGAUGAGGCCUGCUCUUUGUCAGCUGCUGAUGACAUUGCCGACGCAUUACUGGCCAAGGCUACUGAACUGACAGGUGGAUUUCCGACCGUCAAAAUUGAACCUGCACAGUUUAAUGAAGUGUUUGCAGUCGAAUUGAAGAAGUACGAUGGCUUGCAAUCUGUUGUGCAAGAGCUAUACAAUAACCAAAUACGCCAGAUAUCCCGGUUGAAAGAGCUUCAUGAGCAGUUCCAGCUUGUUGUCCGUGCGAGCACGUUGGCUGCAAAAAGAGAAAAGGCGAUCCAGAACUUGGAGCAGGCGUUUGUCAAGUUUAAGGAAAUCCGGUCAAAUAUGGUGGAAGGUAUCAAAUUUUAUUCGCAGUAUGUGGACACACUUUCACAUUUCAGAGACGCCUGUGUUGAUUUUGCAUUGGCAAGGAGGCUCGAAGCUUCGGAACUAGCCAGGGACACUCCUUUGAAACGAGGAUGA